UCUUCUUCUUCUCCACAACAGACAAUACGAAACUAGAAAUGAGCUGGCUCGGCAAGCUAGGGUUCGGAAAUCGAUCGGAGACGGAAGUGGACUCUUCAUCGCCAUCAUCGAUCGCCCAGGGUCCUGACGACGAUGUACCUGCUCCAGGACAGAAGUUUGCUCAAUUCGGCGCCGGAUGCUUUUGGGGUGUCGAAUUAGCUUUUCAGAGAGUUGAUGGUGUAACGAAGACAGAAGUCGGAUAUUCACAAGGAUUUCUUCACAAUCCAACCUACAAUGGUAUAUGUUCGGGUACAACGAAUCACUCUGAGGUUGUUAGGGUUCUUUAUGAUCCCAAGGAGUGUAGCUACGAGAAUCUUCUUGAUGCUUUCUGGAAAAAACAUGAUCCCACAACUCUGAAUCGCCAGGGAAAUGAUGUUGGGACACAAUAUCGAUCGGGAAUAUACUUUUAUACGGAGGAAGAAGAGAGAUUAGCGAUAGAAUCAAGGGAUCGACAGCAGAAAGUGUUGAACAGAAAGAUUAUUACUGAAAUACUUCCGGCAAAGAAGUUCUACAGAGCAGAGGAGUAUCAUCAGCAGUAUUUGGCUAAAGGGGGUCGAUUUGGGGAUAAACAAUCAAUUGAUAAAGGCUGUAAUGAUCCAAUACGAUGCUACGGCUAAGAAGCAUCUUUGAUUAGAUAAUAAUAAUGUAAGCUUGUAUGUUUGCUUCCCUUACAACGAAACUAAUGUCUAUGAACCUUUUCUGAAUAUUGUUUGGUGUAUUAUACAAAUAUCCUUAUUGUGGGAAAAAAAACAUAUUCAAAAGAUGAUUCUGGAUAA